AUGUUCAGUGGAAAAGUCGCCGUGGUUACCGGCUCCACCAGCGGUAUCGGUCUUGGCAUCGCCACGGCGCUGGCGCGGCAAGGCGCCGACAUCGUGCUGAAUGGCUUUGGCGAUGCAGCAGAGAUCGAACGCAUUCGUUCCCAGCUGGAAACCGAAUUCGGCGUACGGGUCGCGCACGAUGGUGCCGAUCUUUCCCGUGGCGAGGCGGUGCGCGGAAUGAUCGACCACGCCUUUGCGAAGAUGGGCCGCAUCGACAUCCUGGUGAACAACGCGGGCAUUCAGCACACCGCGCCGAUCGAGGAAUUUCCCGCUGAAAAGUGGGAUGCGAUCCUGGCGCUGAAUCUCUCGGCGGUGUUCCAUGCAACGGCGGCGGCACUGCCGCACAUGAAGCAGCAGGGCGCCGGGCGCAUCAUCAACAUCGCGUCGGUACAUGGGUUGGUAGGCUCGGUGAACAAGUCGGCCUAUGUGGCGGCCAAGCAUGGCGUGGUGGGAUUCACCAAGGUGACCGCGCUGGAGAAUGCGGGCACCGGCAUCACCGCCAAUGCCAUCUGCCCGGGCUGGAGAAGGAGGGCACGGAUCAGGAAUCCGCCGCCCGUGCGCUGCUGGCCGAAAAGCAGCCUUCGUUGCAGUUCGUGA